GAAAGUCCAGUGGUGAUGGAGGCAGACACACUUGAGGACCAGCUUCUCCUCCAUGCUCAGGAGGGCAGCUGUUCUCAUAUCCAGAGGCUCCUCCAGUCGAGGAUCGACCACGGCAGUCCUCCCAACAUCAACUGCAGAUCUAGGUCUAAAGCCAGUUCAGGAUGGACACCCCUCCACCUGGCCUCUUACUUUGGACACAGGGAUGUUGUGGAGGAGUUACUCAAGACAGGUGCUGAUGCAAAUGUGCAGAAUGACAUGGGUGACACGCCUCUUCACAAAGCAGCCUACACUGGAAGAAAGGAGAUUGUUCUGUUGCUGCUGCGGUAUGAUGCCUGUUCCAACAUAAUCAAUGGAACAGCUCAGAUCCCUAAAGAUGUCACAGAAGAUGAUGAAAUCAUUACAAUGCUGGAAGCUGCAGAGAGAAGAGAGACAAGACGGCGGGAGGAGAAGCUUCUGGAGGCAGCUAGAGAGGGGGACAUCUCCACAGUGUCUAAGCUGCUCAGUGGAAAAGGAGCUCCAGAUAUUCACUGCAGGGACUCGGUGGGGAAUACGCCCUUACACUGUGCAGCCUACAGAGGGCAGAAGCAGUGCAUUUUAAAGCUGCUCAAGUCUGGAGCAAGCCCCAGUAUUAAAAACAACAAUGAUCAGACAGCAUUAGACCUGGUCCGCAGUGAUGAACUGAGACCGAUUCUAGCGGCCUUUCAAUACAAGGAUGUGAGCAGUGGGGUGCAGAAGAUUGAAGGCCCUCUUUGGAAGAGUUCACGCUUUCUUGGAUGGCGAUCCCACUGGGUGGUAAUUGAAGAUGGAACUCUCUCCUGGUACCACAGACAGGCUGAUGCACUGGCUGGUGUCAGAAAACAGGGCUCCAAGUCCCUAUCUCAAGCCUACUGCAUGGUCAAACCAUGGGAUCAUUGCUUCUUCAUGCUCAGGUGCUUUGAUGACGCUGUACAUUAUUUUAAGGUCCCCUCAAAGACAGAUUCAAUCGCAACAAGAAAAAGAUGGCUGGAUGCUUUUGAGGCGCAUUCCUCCUAUAGCACUCGCCACCACACCCAUGAAGACACCAUCGAUGAUGCAGAUGGUAAUGGUGGCGACACAGUGAGGAAUCUGUCACACGCCCUUCAGGCAGCCAACGCUAUCCAGCAGAAAUUGGAGAGUGAAGUGUCAAUAUUUAUAUCGAUGGUGAAGAAUGAGAAGAAUUGUGAAUUGGCUACUCCUCUGUCACUGAAAGCCAAAGAGACCAGUGAGCUCUCCAGUGAAACCUGUGCUGCUCUCCAUCUGUGCCUGGAACUGCUAUCAAAGCAAGAGGAGGUGUGGAGUCUGAAGUUAGAGCAGGAGGUGGAGAAGAACAAAGCUCUGACAGAAGCUCUGCGGACAUUGGCAACUGAUCACCACGAACUCAAGCAGUCCCUGUGUAAGACCAGAAGGUUGUCUAACCUCAGUACCCUCACUGAAGAUGACUUCUAUGACGCUGUGUCAGAGUCGGAGUCGGAGCUCUCAGUGAGCGGCUUCCUGUCUGUGGCCAGUCACUCCUGUGAAGAGGACGAGGGGAGAGACACCCCCCUUCUCAGCAGCCUCCGCCAUCCCACCGCACUCAGGGGGCCUACCGGAAUGUCAGGGGAGGGUGACCAUGGCAACCAACCAGCCCAAUACAAUGGAGUCAAGAAGCACAGAGCAUGUUUACCGGCUCCAAUGUUCUCCAGGAAUGACGUGAGCAUCUGGAGUAUCCUGAAAAAAUGCAUUGGCAUGGAGUUGUCAAAGAUUGCCAUGCCUGUUAUAUUUAAUGAGCCUCUGAGUUUCCUCCAGCGGUUAACAGAAUACAUGGAGCACACCUCCCUCAUCCACCAGGCCAAUGCCACAACAGACUCUAUCGAGAGGAUGAAGUGUGUUGCAGCAUUCGCUGUGUCAGCCGUAGCAUCGCAGUGGGAAAGGACUGGGAAACCCUUCAACCCACUACUGGGGGAGACCUAUGAGCUCAUCAGAGACGAUCUGGGCUUCAGGUGGGUGUCGGAGCAAGUAAGCCAUCACCCUCCAGUCAGUGCCUUUCAAGCUGAGGGCCUCAAGGAGGAUUUUGUCUUCCAUGGCUCCAUCUGCCCCAAGCUCAAGUUUUGGGGAAAGAGCAUAGAAGCUGAGCCCAAGGGACUCAUUACACUGGAGCUGCCUAAAUAUAACGAAGCCUACACUUGGACAAACCCCACCUGUUGUGUCCACAAUAUCAUUGUUGGUCAGCUUUGGAUUGAGCAGUAUGGCAACGUGGAAGUGCUCAAUCACAAGACCGGAGAGAGAUGCAGCAUGACGUUCAAGCCUUGUGGCCUCUUUGGAAAAGAGCUCCAUAAAGUGGAGGGAUACAUCCUAGAUAAAAGCAAAAAGAAGCUCUGUGCAAUAUAUGGCAAAUGGACUGAAUGCCUGUACACAGUAGACUCUGCUACAUUCGAUGCCCACAAAAAGACUGACAGAAAGAAUUCAGAGGAAAAAAAGGGCAAUAAACAGAGCAGUGUGGAUGAGGAACCAGAAGAAAUGCCUCCACCUGAAGCCGAGACAGUCCAGGUCAUCCCAGGCAGCGAGCUCAUCUGGAAGAUAACGCCUCGACCCGACAACUCAGCCAAGUUCUAUGCAUUCUCCACAUUCGCCAUGCACCUAAACGAGCUGGAGAAGAGCAUGGAAGGAGUUAUUCCCCCAACAGAUAGUCGCCUCAGACCUGACAUUCGCGCCAUGGAGAAUGGAGAUAUAGAUUUGGCAAGUGCAGAGAAGAAGAGACUGGAGGAAAAACAGAGAAUGUCCCGAAAAAAUCGCAACAAAUCAACGGAUGAAUGGAAAACAAGGUGGUUUCAGCAAGGACCCAACCCCCAUAACAAAGCUCAGGACUGGCUCUACUUGAAAGGCUACUGGGACAGGAACUACAGUCACCUGCCUGACAUCUACUAAGUAGAAAUGCACACAAAUACCGUACACAUGGUACAACACCUUUUGGACUAAUCUUAUCUGCUGCACUGGGGUUUGUUCACAGUCUUAAAGCAGUCAAAGGCAGUGAAACACUGACUGAACCCAGAGGCAUUUAUUCUUCAGUAGGUGUGUGUGUGUGUGUGUGUGUGUGUGUGUGUGUGUGUGUGUGUGUGUGUGUGUGUGUGUGUGUGUGUGUGUGUGUGUGUGUGUGUGUGUGUGUGUGUGUGUGUGUGUGUGUGUGUGUGUGUGUGUGUGUGUGUGAGAACAAUAAAGCACAAAAACUCUUUUUCUUAUUUAUUGUGGUCCUUGACCACUUAAGUAUGGUAUAGGCAUGUAUUGGAAAAACUAGAAUGUAUUUUAGAAAUAUUUAUAUAUUAUAUGUUAGAUAGUGUUUACACAGCAACCUUGGUUUUGUUGUUAGUCUGUCCAUAAUGACCACUGUCCACUGCUGGUCAUGAAAACAUUUUACUCGUCCAAUUCGGUGUGGAGACAUACAAGGUAACACCACUAUGAACAGCUACAAUGGAGUGCAUGAUGCAUUCUGAGCAUAUUGAUUCAAGGCUUAUUUAACUUGUGCAUGCAUACUAUAAUGCAGUGCAAAGUAUUGAAAUAGCCCGUUUGGGAACAUUUGCCUUUGUUGAUGAGUGGUGUACAAAGACAAUUAGUGUUUUCACUGGACGUUGAAUGAAUGUUACCACAUCCAACAAGAAUCAUGGCCAGCACUACAACAAGACAAGAAUUAUUUUUUAAAACAUCAUUCAGCCCUAAACUAUGUACUGUAUAGAUGUGUAUAGAGACUAAGACAUUAGUCUACUUGACUCUGUAGAUACAGUAGCACUUUUUUUUUUUUGAACUAUACUAACGCAGGGACACUGGCUCUGCACUUAUAGCUUUGGGUGUGCGUGUGUGUGUGUAUAAAGGUCUUGCCAUAGUUAAAGUAUAAUUAGCUAUAUUCCUAGUGCUAUUGAUCUAAUUGUAAUCUAACAUCACAAUAAAUGCAUGUGCAUCACUAACUAUGCAAGCCUUACCUCCUUCACAAUCAAGCACUAAUUUUCUCAUGUUGUGGAUAGCUGCUAAAUGUUGUUUUUUUUUCUGUUAUCAGUCUUUUGGGUUUCAAAACUGAAUUUCUAUUGUUGCUAAAUAAAAGCUUAAUGUUAAUUUAACUUUUUUUGGUUUUGUGCGAGUUGCUUUAAUUUUUAAGGAAAUAUGUGCAUUAGGUGGGUGUUUGCUGAAUUGUUGUAUUACAAGAUGAGUGGAAUUAAAAAUUAAUAUAUUUUACUAGAUGCUGUCUACCCCACUGCCUUCUCUACCAGGGGCCAUGUCCUACUUACAUGCCCCCAGCGACUCUUUGUGAAAUUCGUCUUGGUCUUCCUAUUUUACUGAUUUACCUCCAAAAUUAUGCAGACUGUUUUUUUUUUUACAAUUCAUCCAUGGAUCCCUAGGGGAAGAAUGUAAAAUUCCCAGCAGUAGCUUGACCUGUUCAUAUCAAUUUCUCUGUUUUGCCAUUGUGAAAUACAUAGUUGUAAGUUAUUAGGUGCACCUAGCUCCUGCAAUAAAUCCUACCUUAAUGAAGGUUAUAAUGUAACCGUUUUAGAUGCAUUGAUUCACCAUUAUGAUGCUUUUAGAGGCUGUAGUUUGUGGUGCAGUUGAGCUGUAUUGCAGUAUACUAAAGGUGUUAAUAUAUUGUCCUUGCCAUCUAUAUAAUUGAGGGUAGACUAAUGCAAUCGAUAUUCCCUGCUGCUCAUGUAAGUACCCACUGUGUAUUUGUUUUAAAUUGUUGGAAUGAUUAAAAGAGUUAUCAGUA